UUCAUAUCAUCCUAGACAAAAGAUAUACUCAACCACAUGGCCUUCUUGACCUAGUUGUUAAUUCUCUCUCCUUUUCUUACUCUUUUCAUAUUCUCUCUCUCUCUCUCUCUCUCUUCCACUUUAUCACUAUUUUUUUUUCCUUGUUCGAUCUCUUUCCCUUGUGCUUGAAAUUUCGAGUCUCUCUUCUGUGUCUCUCCACUAAUUCUAUCUAGCCAAACAUUAUCUAGGUUUGAUAGAUUAUAUAUAGACCAUAUAUAAAUAUAACACCAUGGGUGACUCUUCGGCUUCAUAUAUCCAUAUGGUGCAUCACCUGAUAGAGGAGUGCAUCAUAUUCAACAUGAGCAAAGAAGAGUGCAUGGAAGCCCUCUCCAAGCAUGCAAAUAUCAAUCCCAUCAUUACUUCCACAGUGUGGAAAGAGCUAAAGAAAGAGAACAAGGAGUUCUUUGAGGGAUACGAAAAGAGGAGAGAUGAAAGAGCAUCUGAAAUGGAGGCAGCGACACACAGAAUCCACAAUCUGCUAUUGGAAUCUUUAUCUAAUUCCAAAAGUAGUACAACUACUACUAGUGAUGAUCAAGACAAUAAUAAGAAGGAAGAGUAAUUUAUGUUUUGUGUUUAAUUUGGUUGGAUUGAGGUUCGGGUCAUGUAAUGUAUAAUGUAUUCAGUAGUUCAUUUAUUAGUACCUACCUACUACUCCUACGCUA